AUGUCUGAGCACCUCUCCACCUUCGGCGCGUACCCUGUAGGCCAAAUCUGCCUGCCUGGCUCCCAUGACGCCGGCACUUACAAGCUCGAGCGAUCGACCGCUCCGGGGGGCACGCGCAGCAAUGUGAUCACGCAAACGUUGUCCAUCUACCAGCAACUCGAGCAUGGCGUGCGCUGGUUUGACAUUCGACCGUUCCUCAUAAAGGAUAGCCCAGGCGAUGCAGGCACCUGGCGGACAGGUCACUUCAGUCCGCUCGGAGGUGUCCUUGACUGGCAGGGUGGUUGCGGUGCCUCUAUCGACGAGGUUAUCAACGAUAUCAACAACUUCACCAAGGACCACUCCGAGUUGAUCAUCCUCGAUGUCAGCCACGUCACCCAUCUCCUCUUAGAGACGAAGGGUAAAGGGCUCGACCUCACUGUCGACCAUCGUCGCGAUCUGCUCGACAAAUUCACGGCGAUCAAGCAUGUCUUCAGCACGACUGCAGACCCUGAGCACGUUGUGCUUCACGAUCUUCCUCUCACCGACUUCAUCGGGCAUGGAGAAGCGGCCGUGGUCCUCUUGUUUGAUGACGGCUUUGAUCGCGGCGAACUCCACCGCCGCGGGUUCUACCACUCCAGCCGCUACUCCGUAUACAACCACUACAUCACACUCGCGCAGGACGACAUGGCUGCUGUGCUCUCGACGCUGAACCCAUUCCAAGUCUUCGGCCCGGGCGCGAACAACUAUAGCGUGCUCAAGCUCACCGAGUCGCACCAGCGCGCGGAGUUCCCUCUCGCACUGCAGAACGUCGCGGGCAGCGCGUACCCGUCCGUGUUGACGAUUGACAACGUCCUGGACGACGACCUACUCACGCUGAGCCUCGCGAUCAGCUUCCAACGCUACAACAUCGCGCACGGACUGCGGAACAAGGUCAUCGUGUACGGCGCGCGGCUCAUCGUCGACCCCGGGGCACACCAGAGGCUCCAGGAGUGUAUUGACGCUCCGCGCGGGUUCCCCAUCUCAAAUGAGAAUCUCGGCAGCGACCCGUGGCUCGGCCUCAAGAAGUCGUGCGCCAUCUUCUACUGGCAGGACGGCUGGGCGAAGGGUCGCUACGCAAAGGAGCACAGCUCGCUGCACCUCGAGCAGGACAUCAAGUCGAUCGAGUAUGGCGGGUCGGACGUGAAGAAUCAGGGAGUGUACUACCGCUUCUACCGCGCGUUGGUGGAACGCGGCGGGGUGCGGAUCAACAACGACAACCUCGGCGGCGAUCCGAAGGUCGGCCACAGGAAGAAGUGCAAGGUGCGGUAUCGCGAAUUUAAUGGCAAGGAUACAGAGGAGUACGAAGUGGAUGAGGACAGAUACCUGGAUUUCAAGACAUUCUGGGAGCGUUUCGCGGAGUCCCAGUCGAGCCACAGCCAGUGGUAA